AUGAACUCGAUAUUUGGGCCAGCCAAAUCUUGGUUUACGUCGUUGCCGACAUCCACCCAGGCUCUGGAUCCAGAACCAGCAGCAAGCAGUUCAAACAGCUCAACACCCGGUCAUAGCCACGCCAUUGAUACGUCGUCAUCAUCUCCGAAGAGAACCGAGCCGGACGAUGAAAGUAGUUCAGAUGAUAACCGUUUCAACACGGCCAUCCAGGACCACCUGCGGCAAAAUCCUGUUCAAGAAACCCCAAAAGAGGGAACAGUUGAGGAUAAAGUAGAGGAAAAAGAACCGUUUGGGGGAAGGUUUGAGUAUGUGCGCGCAGCUCUUGCGAAAGAAUCAAAGGGGACAGAAGACAGCGACGAUGCCACGAAGUCACUCCAGGCAAAUUUUUCUACAUCGUCGACCAAACACGACGCCGAGGCUGGGCCUUCAAAGAGGCCUCUAGUCGUCGAAGAUCUUGAGGUCUUGGGCCGUAGUGGGAGUGUCGACAGUGCGAAGAGACGGAGAUUGAGCAUCGGACAGCACCGGUACCCCGGAUAUUAUGACCACCUUUUUUCAAAGGACCAGCGUCAGCGCUUUAAAAGAGAACCCGGCUCAUCUCAUUACCGGAUCAGAGCGCCCCUGAGACCCCUGAGUAAAAACGUGCUUUCUCGAAUGAGCCCUUGCACGAGCCUGGAUCACGCGAAGUCAAAGGAGAUUGCUAAAAGUAUCAGGAACACGCCAACCACAGCAGGCGUUAAGGCGACGGAGAAAGUCCAGCAGAUCAAAGAGAGGGCAAAGGAGACUCAAGCACCCAAACGAACAGAAGAGCAAGUGCUACGAGAAUUCACCAAAGCCCCCAUUGAAAGCAUAUUCGGUGGCAAGACUACAAGCAAUCCAACAAACACCACUGUUCCUUCGAGGAGCCAGCCAACCAAAGAUGCACGAAGAACGCAAGGUGGCAAAAAUCCGGCAUCAAGCCAAACAGCAACCCAUCAAACAGCUCAAGCAACACAGUCGUCUCGCUCAAAGGAGAAGCCUUCGAUAUCACGUCUUACGCAAGCGGACGUAGAUCAAUUCAAUUUCUUCAAGGACAAGGGCCCUCAAACGAAGCAUGCAAGGAUAGUCAACCAUCUCCCCAGCAGUUUCAACGAAGAGCGAACCGGUUAUAAGUUCACAGCUCAGCGCGCCACUAAUGAUUUCCAACAAUCACUAACAGAUGGGAGACCAGUUCGGCCUUCGCCAGCCUCAAGACGCAAGAAGUCUACCAUUCCAUCAUCGAGCAAGAACCCACCGGCACCGACAACCAGCAUUCACGCUCGCCCACCAACCCCGCCCCCUCAUCACCUCCCAGCUGCUCCUCCUCCAGUUCCAGAACCAGCCCCCGAUGCUGCCAUCCCUCCACCCCCUCCACCCAAGAAAGCCGUGCCCGCGCAAUCCCUCCUCUCCCCCACCGAUGUCAUCCUACAAUACGUGAUCAAACAAACGAAAAAACACCCCAUCUCCGAGUCCGACUCUGUUCGCCACUACCGAUCGAAGGUCGUGUACACCUCCAAAAAGGAGGCCAACGAAACCUGCCGACGACGGGUGCUGAACCUACUCAAGGAGGACAUCCCCUUUCAAGCUGUGGAACAAGGAUAUGUAGGCGACCACCUGUUCAAAGGAACGAUUUUUUACGAGGAUGGGGACGUUCAGUUCUACUAUGUGCACGAGGAGGCGGCGAUGCUGGGGGACGUACUGGAGAAGAGAGAGUUGUGGGUGGACGAGGAGGGCAUGGGGAUUUAUGCAAAGAGGAUGUGGGCUGUUUGGGCUGUGAGAUAUUAUCCGAGUGAGGAAGAAGAGACGAAGAGUCCGGGAGUGGGGAUGGGAAGUGGAAAUGGAAGGGUUGAGGUAGAUGAAGGGGUUGAGGUAGUGGAUGAAGGGGUUGAGGGGGGUGACGAAGAUGAUGGUGAAGAGGAGGAAGAUUUGUUCGGCUGUGGGGACGUUGAUGGGCAGUUGAAUGAAGGGGUCACAUCGACGACCAGCGAGGACUUGGUCACUUCAGGAUCCCAGACGAACAUGAACAAUUCCCAGACCGAAAGUCACCAAACGCAAACGCAAACCGAACUCAAACUCGAGACGCAGCAGGAAAUCACGAGCGACGGCCAAGGCCAAAGCCAAAGCAUCCAAACACCAUCAGACGAACAGACGCAGCCUACACUUCAGACGCACCAAAGACUUGAGGGCGACUCAGAUGCUCAGCCAGAGCUAAAGUCCCAACCCGAAUCAGUUACCCAACCACAGCCGGAGCCACAGGCUCCCUCCGAUCCCACACAACAAGCCCAACCUCAACCACCAUCGCAAUCGCAACCCAUCAAUCCACCACGCCCGCCCACACCCCCCUUACCCUGCUCAUUAUACUCCCCACCUCCCCCCUCAACCAUCUACUCCUCCUCUUCAGAAUCCGACUCAGAAGACAUCUCCCACACCAGAAGAAGAAGAAGAAGUCUUCCCAACAACAUCCCCCCACCCCCUCCUCCCCUGCCCUCCUCCACCCUCCUCCACCCCGCCACCACUCUCCACGGCACUUUCACAACCCUCCGCCUCGCCAACCUUGAGGCAUUAGAAAUCUUCAAAGCCCUAACCAAGCCGAAGCCACCCGCGAGGAUGAACGAUGUUUCGCACUGGCGGGACGAGGUGGUUCCCGAGGCGGAGGCGAGGUUCAAGGAAUGGACUAACGCAAAUGGCCAGGAUGAUGAUGAUGAUGUUGUUGAUAACGGGAAAGACAUCAAUGAGCAGCAGGGAAACAAUGAAAAUGACGCGGACGAUUACUAUGGAAAUGUGAUAGAGAAAACACCAUUCAACAUAGAAUGGGAGCCUGAUGCGCACUUGUUCAAGUGGCGGUUUAGAAAAGUGCAGGUGUGGGUUCAGGAGUUGAAGCUGAAGGGGCCGAAGGAUUUGGGCGGGUUGGAGGUUAGACAGAUGCCGUCACGGUCGUCGGAGGUUGCAGGUCGAAGUACAGGUACAGGUAAUGGAAAUGCUGGAGGAGUUGGACCGGUACCGGCAUCGACAUCGAUAUCGGAGGCGGCAAGGCCAAGGCCAAAGGCAAGGGGGGCUGGAACGGUAAAGGUGAACGCUUCAACUGCAACUGCAACUACUUCCCUUCGCACCGCCGCCCCUAGAACGGAUGAUGGUGAUGAUGAUGAUGAUGAGCUCGCCAACCAACACACAUACUACAGAAAUGCCCGGGAAGAAUUAGCAGCAGCCAAGGCCAAAGCGAAGGGAAAGAAGCGUCGAAGGCCAACAAGAGAGGAGAAAGGAAAAUGUAAAGCCAUUGAUGUUGAUCCUGUUGUUCGUGGGCAAGGCAAUGGGAAGCUGGCGAUGCAGGAGGGGGAGGACGAUGAGUGGGGAGGAAUUGAGGAGGGUGACUUGAGUGAGGAGGAAAGUUUCAUAGUGGAGAAUUAUAGGUAG